UGUUCGGUGCCCCAUUCACAGGGUGGCCUUGAGUACCAGUGCUUUUCACAAUCGAAAAAAGCAAACAAGAUCUACGGGAUUCGGAAGAAUCAGUCGUUUCUUCUCGCUUCCAGUUGUUCUUCGAGGAUUUAUACUUGGGAAUCGAUAAAUAUCGUGAAUACAGUAACCAUUGUUUCGAAAGUUUAGUGAACCAUGGACGAAGACGGGCAAAAUUCACACACUGGUGUGAAUGCCGAAAAGAAAUAAACUCGUCAGUCAGGAGCACGUUCAACUUUCCCUCAUUGGAAUUGGCAACUUUCAGACCAUGAAGAUGAACGCCUUUCUUGGACCCGAUCUGACUGGAGGGUGAUACUUGCUAGGAACGGCUCAAAAAGGCCAUGCACUGACGAAGGUGGUGCUACGACAGACUACAUUACCACCGGCAACGGGACAACAACACCGGCUGGGGUGACAUCGACCGGCAGCUCCGCCAAAGCCGACGGAAGAUCGACGCGCUCGUCGGCCAACGGACCGCCCCUGUCGGCAGUCCACAUGUCAUCCAGCGUCACAGAGAACGGUCGGGGCACGCCACCGGGCUCUGCUGUCGGCGAUGACGGGGAAGACCAGAAGUCCCGGCCCGGUUCACAGGAGUUGUCGGAGAGAUACAAUACCCCGGUGAACAUCAAAGUGAUCCACGAAGGUGUAUCAGACGAGGAGUCGGACAGUGGGUGGGACACCGAUUUGGAAAUAGAAGAAGACUCCAAGGAAUCCUAUGAUGCCACAGGGAGACGGGCCUACACCCAGGCCUGCAAGGAGAUAGGGGUGGUUCCAGUGUCUCACUUCCUUCGUCACAUAACCACCAACAAGAUCAGCAUGAAACACCAUGGCCUCGGCCCCUUAGGGGCGAAAGCAAUUGCUAUCCCGCUGGUUACAAAUACAUCAGUUUUAACCCUUGAUCUUGAAGACAAUUGGAUAGAAGGUGAGGGGGCAGGCUACAUAGCCGAGAUGAUGAAAGAAAAUUGCUAUAUCAGUGAUCUGAAUUUGGCAGGAAACAAGAUGCGUUCGAAAGGGGCUAAGGUCGUAGGAGAGAUGCUUAAUGAUAACACAAGCAUCAGGAAAGUCAGUGUUGCAGGAAAUGACUUCAAGGAUCGUGAUGCCCAACCAUUUGCAGAUGCUAUGAAGAUUAACUACAGACUUAAGGAGUUGGAUCUGAGCCAUAAUGAGUUUGCAGAGAUUGGUGGAGAGAUCUUAGGCCAAGGCAUUGCUGCCGCUGAAUCCAUAAGUGUACUCAACUUGAGCUGGAAUCAUCUCAGAAGGAAUGGUGCAAUAUCAAUAUGCAGAGGCAUGGCAGAAAAUCUAUCCAUCAAGAAGCUUGAUGUGUCAUGGAAUGGCUUUGCCAAUGACGGAUCUCUAGCCAUGGCUGAAGCACUUAAGUUUAACAGCACACUGCAGUGGUUGGAUUUGAGCAACAACAGAAUAGCAGACGAAGGAGCUCUACUCCUGUCCAAAGGCAUAGAAGUCAAUGACUCUUUACAGAUACUCAAGCUGGGAAUGAAUCCCAUUACUGCUGCGGGAGCUAUGGCUCUACUGAUGGCCAUCAAAAACAAUUCCAACUCGGCGCUGGAUGAGUUAGAUCUCACUGACAUUGUCGUGAACAAAGAUUUUGUCGACCUUCUAGAGGAGAUCAAACAAGGCCGGACCAACUUCCUGGUUUUCUUCAAGGGUGCAAUUGGACAGUUUGAGAAGCCCCCAGAGAAAGAGGCUGAUCCCUUAAAGCUACUGGUGCAGCACAUUGAGAAGAACAACCUGAGGAUAUGGGACUUGUUCAAGGCCUAUGAUAAAGACAAUAGCCUGACCGUCACACGGGAUGAGUUCAAGAACGGUAUCUUGGGAUCCAACAUUCCACUCACACCAAGACAGAUUGACAGGCUGGUUGCUACACUUGACCGUGAUGGUAACGGGGAGAUUGAUUACAGUGAGAUAGUAUCGACUCACAAGGAACUUGUGGAGAGCAAUCGUGAGGAGCGCCGCCAGCGCAUGUCCAAGGUCCAUGAGAAGCGGCGCACGGCCAUCUACGCGCCGGUGGCCGAGGCCUUUGGGACACUCAAAGUGGACACGCUCUCGCAAAACAUGUCAGAGGGUCGCCAGAGGAAACUCAGUAACAGCAUGCGGCCCGACCUGCACCAGUGGAAUGAGGAGGGACGGAGGGAAGAUGUUGUGCCCGACUCCAUACGCUCGCUGGACUACACCGUGGACUUCCGGCCAGAUGCAGCUAUGUACACAGAGGAGGAGAAGUACCUGAUGAAGACUAUGGAUCCAGUGUCUCGUGGGGCAAGUGCCAAGAGUAGAGGUCACAGUCCAUUGCCAUCUUGAUUGUAAGGUACUUUAGAGGAGCAGUUUCAACUUUGAUUCGUUGACUGCUCUGUUAGUAUAAGGCAAUGCAAAUACUCCUUGGACACACUAGUACAAAUAAGUGAUAGUAGCUUAUAUACAUAAGGAUUUUAAUCAUUAAGUUUUUUGUUGAUGAGCUUGAUGAAGCACGAGGGUCACAACAGAAAGGUUUCACAUGACUUCAUACUAUGAACAUGCUUACUAAAUUAACCAAGAAUAUCAGUUUCUGUUGUAAGUAGAAGAACGUGUCUUCCCUCAUUUAAUCAAUCUAUGAUCUUUGACAAUAAAUUUCAACAUUAUUGUGACAUUAGUAUAGAAAAAUUAUUACUAUUAAAAGAAAGUCUUAGAGAUUGUAAGUUGGGUGUUUCCUUGCACUGACAUCGUAUGUAAGACAAGAAUUCAGUGUUUACAACUUCAAUCAUGGUUGAGCACAAUAAAUAUACUUUAAAUCAGACUGAAGGGGUUAAAAAUUGAUAUUUUUGCUAUCAGCAAUCACACAUACAUGCUUUGCAUUCUGAGCAAUACAUGCAUUUAUGGUAAAUGUUUGUACAGAACUCAUCAGUACUGAAGAAAAUAUUCAAAUGUUUGUUUUUGCUGGUUCUGACUCCAUUGAACAUAUUUUAUGCCCACUUAGCAGGAUGAUCAAAUUAAUAAUUUAUUUAUCCUUACCAAUUGUUAUGAAUAGAUCAAACGUCUUUCAAUUAAAGUCUUUCAGAAAUGGAGUCUUUCAUGAACAGGUUUCAACUUGCAAAUGAAAAAAAUUGAUGUAAUUGAUUGUUACUGAGGUAUGUUGCCAUAUCUGUUUCAUAUAAAUUUACCCAGAGCAGUGACUAUCAGAAUUGUAAAAAUGAAACAAACUGGCUGUGUUAUGGGAGCGAGAAACUCACAUUUACCUUACCAUAGCGCAUUAACUAUAGAUGUAAAUUACAGCUUCGCAUUCUACACAUACUGAUCUCUUGUGCAGAAAAGUAUUACAUGACCCCACCCAAUACAAACUAUCUGGGGUGGGGGGGGUUUUCACUUCCCAUCUUAAUGUGUGUUAAAAGCCCCCUAAUUCAGCCUCGCCUCUGAGAAAGGUUACAUAAAGACAGUUUGCAAAAUUUGGGGGUUUUCCCUCCGACAACAAAGCAAUACCCCCCCAUUUGGUUCUGGACACACCCUUACAUUGAAUAAUACUCUGGUAUAGUUUUCUAAUCUGUAACAGAAGCAGGCAUUUACAAACUUGAAUGUUUGUAGACUCAGCUCAGGCUUUUCCUCAAAAUUUCCAUGCAUGUAAAAUUGAUAUUUAACUCAUAUAAUACAGUUACUCAACUCGUCAUAAAUAUGAGGCUCGUAUAAGCUCAGAAAGGUUUAAAAAGUAAUUAUCAUACAUUUAUUUUGAAGCAUUUUGCACACUAGAUUACGCAAGUGUAUGUGAGGCAAACAAACAUAAAUGUAUUCCAGCUCCUAUAGUUUCUAUAACUUUUUGUAUCAGUAAACAAGCACAUUACCGAACUGUAUUAACAAUAUCAAUUGAAAAGAGGUUCUUAAAUAUGAAACAUCUCAAAAGGGUACCAUUGAAAAUAUUUUGAGGCCUGUGCAGUUAUCAAGGAUGUGAUUUUUUUACAUGUCUGCAGUAUUUCAGGUUUUACAUUAUCUUUGACCAUAAUUUUGACAAAGUAUUAUAAACACUCAGUCUAUUUGGUGAAAAAUUGAAAUCCCUGAAAGAGUUGUUUUCAACCCCGGUCAAACUCUAAGGCCUACUACAUGUCAUUCGGCUUUGACAGUGGAUCCUUUGAGUAUUAUAACCACAAGCUAAUAUUUAUUUUUAUAUCUACGAUAGAUACAUGUACCAUGAAUUCACGUCUCUGUAAAUAACGUUCAUGUUGCCGGGCCGAAGUGAGGUGAUGGAUGGAAUCGCGUUCAUUUUAAUAUCUUCCGCUGAAGAGUAUUUUCAUUGAACCCAAACUUGGGUUAUACUUUUUCGUAUUUAAGUCAAAUAAAAUCUCUAGUAUGAAUCCUGAAA